CUGCUGGAAGGCAGGCUCCGAAGCCUGGGGGCCGCAAGGUCAAAGUGGCAGGGUGCGCCCGCGCCCUUCCGGGGCCCUUCCUUUCUGCACCCAGACGGCUCCCUGGGCCUACAUCCGGGAGGUCAGAGGGCCCCACCCCAGGUCUGUCUCCAAGGCCUGGAACCUUUAGGGGCCCCCACAGGGGCGUGCAGCCCGAGGAGCAAGGCUGGGUGAAGCUGUUGGACGCUUGGCCAGCUGGCCCUGUGCACAGGGUCAGCCCAGUGAAGUUCCCAGCAGGGCAGGGGGUGGGGCUGGAGGGUCGGCCAGGUGCCUCAGCUCAGCCCCCGAGCCCUGCACCUCUCCUCUGCGUGGGGCUGAGAUCCUCCCCAGCCCGACUGGCGGCUAAGGGGGCCGUGCAUGGGUUUCAGGGCCACGUGGGCAGAAUGUCACGAUGGACGAGGGGGGCACACCCCUGCUCCCCGACUGCCUGGUCUACCAGAUCUUCCUGAGCCUGGGCCCUGCGGACGUGCUGGCUGCUGGGCUGGUGUGCCGCCAGUGGCAGGCCGUGUCCCGGGACGAGCUCCUAUGGAGGGAGCAGUUCUACCGCUACUACCAGGUGGCCCGCGAGGUGCCCCGGCACCCAGCCACAUCCUGGUACGAGGAGUUCCAGCGGCUCUAUGACACGGUGCCCUGCGUGGAGGUGCAGACGCUCAGGGAGCACACUGACCAGGUCCUGCACCUCAGCUUCUCCCACUCGGGCUACCGGUUGGCUUCCUGCUCCAAGGACUGCACCGUGAAGAUCUGGAGCAACCACCUGACCAUCUCGCUGCUGCACAGCGCAGACAUGCGGCCCUACAACUGGAGCUACACCCAGUUCUCCCAGUUUAACCAGGAUGACUCGCUGCUGCUGGCCUCGGGGGUGUUCCUGGGGCCCCACAACUCCUCCUCUGGCGAGAUCGUGGUCAUCAGCCUAGACAAAUACGAGCUGCUGUCCCGAGUGCGGAACAAGCCUUACGACGUGUUCGGCUGCUGGCUCACGGAGACCAGCCUCAUCUCAGGGAACCUGCACCGGAUGGGAGACAUCACCUCCUGCUCGGUGCUCUGGCUCAACAACGCCUUCCAGAAUGUUGAGUCCGAGAAUGUCAACGUGGUGAAGCGGCUCUUUAAGAUCCAGAACCUCAACGCCAGCACCAUCCGCACAGUGAUGGUGGCGGACUGUGGCCGCUUUGACAGCCCCGACCUCCUGCUGGACAUCAGUGCACCCCCGGGCUGCGUCUUUGACCUGGGCAGCGACGGCAUUGAGGAGGACGAGGAGGCGGCAGCUGGCCCGGCCGCGGGGCGCGUGGAGGAGGGCGUUCGGCGCCUCCUGGACACGCGGGCACAGCUGCAGCUGGCAGAGCACCGGCUGGAGACCAAGGCGGCGGAGUUGCUGGCCCGGAGCCGCACCAAGCCCCCUGAGCGCAGUGCAGCCUGUACCCAGAACAAGCUCCUCAUCUUCACCACAGGCUGCCUCACCUACUCACCGCACCAGAUCGGCAUCAAGCGGAUCUUGCCGCACCAGAUGACCAUGGCUGGGCCAGUGCUAGGCGAGGGGCGGGGCUCCGACGCCUUCUUUGACGCCCUGGACCACGUGAUCGACGUGCACGGACACAUCAUCGGCAUGGGCCUGUCCCCGGACAACAGGUACCUGUAUGUGAACAGCCGCGCCUGGCCCAGGGGCUCCGUGGUGGCCGACCCCAUGCAGCCGCCGCCCAUUGCAGAGGAGAUCGACCUGCUGGUGUUUGAUCUCAAGACCAUGCGGAAGGUGAAGCGGGCCCUGCGUGCACAUCGCGCCUACACUCCCAACGACGAGUGCUUCUUCAUCUUCCUGGACGUGAGCAGGGACUUCGUGGCCAGUGGGGCUGAGGACCGGCACGGCUACAUCUGGGACCGCCACUACAACAUCUGCCUGGCCAAGCUGCGACACCAGGACGUGGUCAACUCCGUGGCCUUCAGCCCUCGGGAGCAGGAGCUGCUGCUGACGGCCAGCGACGAUGCCACCAUCAAAGCCUGGCGCUCACCCCGCGCCGUGCGCGUCCACCAGGCCCCAUGCCCACGCCCCUUUUUCUCCUGGUUGGCCAGCCAGAGGCGCUGAGGGGCGCUGGCCAAGAGGAGCACCCGGGCUGUCCUCUGGCUGCUGGUGCCCAUGAGGACGCCAUGGAGGCUUUUCCCCAUGGCCAAGCUGCUGCCCGGGUCACGCGGGGACGGAGAAGCUCGCAGCAGUAAUGCCUUAGGAAGGGGCCUGGCAGGGCUGCGGGAGCUGAUGGCUGACCCCCACCACGCUCAUGCACGCACGCCGCUGGCCACAGCCGUGACACUGAGCACUGGGGUGCCGGGCAGCCUCCUGGCCAACCUAGGGUACACAGGACGCUGGGAGCCCCGCUCUUCACCCACCCUUUCCCUGGGCCCUGGGCUGUCAGCAUGACACUGCCCCUCGGCUGGCCCUGUGGGGCCCCGGGGGCCCCAGGCUUCCCCUCUGGUUGGCAGUGUGGGUCAGUCUGUCGUGGGCCCAGGGGAACCGCAUGUCACGAGUCACCUGUUUGGGACUUGAAUAAACAGUUGGCGACAGCACUCCACA